AAUCGGGCUUGACGGACGAGCCUCUCGACUAGAAACGUGCCGGUCUAAGAUAUUUCAUUCUGCUCCGCGCAGUUCUCGAAUAAAAUGCAUCUCCGGAAACGUUGUGCCGUUCACGGCGUCUCCAGCUCUCUCAUGGAUCCUGCUUGAAGCAAUGCUCGGCCACGGCCUCUUAGACGACAGGGUGUGCACGGAGGAUGGGUCACUAUGUCAGAAACGCGAUGUAUUAUUAGUUUCCAGUACACAAAGCGGGAAUCCCGUUCUACGAAACAUCUACAAUGUUCGAUGGUCUUUCUCUUCCGUUGUCCCUGAUUUUUCGUUGUCUGCCAGUUCCUGCGUUAUAUUCCUGUCUGCUAGAUUCCACGUUCUGCAUCCUGAAUACCUCCACAGCCGAAUACAACAGAUGCGGAAUAAUUUGAACUUCUGUUUUGUGCUAUGUAUCGUUGACAUGGAGGACAGUGUGAACGUUUUGUGUGACAUAAAUAAAACGUCAACGGUACAAGACUGUACCCUAGUAUGUUCUUGGAGCCUGGAAGAGUCUGCGCGAUACCUUGAGACACUAAAAGAAUACGAGAGUUACUCAACGAAUGAUAUCGAGGGAACAGAGAAAAUUGAUUUUGUCAGUCGAGUUCAAGGAGCGAUCACUAGUCUUCGCAGCUUGAAUAAACUUGACGCAAUAACCUUGUGUGACAGCUUUGGAACACUUGCCUCACUCAUAUGUGCAUCUCACACACGUUUGGUGACCCCAGGCUUCGGUCCAACGAAAAUCAGAUUCAUUCUCGACACUUUCCACCGACCUUUGCGCUACCCAAAGUUUCAAUCUUGAUAUCAAAAUGGCUGAAAGACUUUAACUUCAAGUGUUGUUCGCAGCGUGCUUAUGCACGUGACUGUUCCGAGUCAGUGCAGCAAGACACAGUUGCGAUGGCUAUCAAGUGACACCAAAUAUCAUCAGUACUCAUCACAAGGCUAUCUAUCGAGAUUAUUUGCCUGAAUAAUAUAUCAAUAUCACGGUUAAUCAAUAUCAUCGUGCAAAUUAGCAAUGCCAGCUAUGUGUAUCCCCUUUCGCUCUGCUAUUGUCCAGGCUUCCUCCGCUUCCUCCUUGUGGCGCUGACGCAUACUGGCUGCCAUUUUUUUUGAAUCAUUUGACGGCAUUGUUGCUGGACAAAAUGAGUAGCAGUAUCCGAAUUGCAGUCGGAAAAUGAAAGGCAAUAUAGGGCCGAUGGAGAGGGGAAAUACCCAUUUCAAACCUCAGAAUUGCUUAAAAUAAAAGAGUUGGGUCAGGGCACUCCAAACAAAGCAAAGAACUCCGAGCUCACCAAUUACAUACUCUACAAGCGGGCGUAUAGGAAGCAAUGGAGUUAAGAUUUUAAUUGCCUCGGAAUUUAUUCUUCCUAGUCCCUGCACUGCUGCAGUACGGAAAAUACGUCUGUAGUAAAAACGGUUGAGCGUUCGCG